AUGGCUGCCCAAACUCGUCGCGUCAACCAUACGUUUUAUCAAUGCCCCCCAAAGGAAUAUGAGCCACGGGCCAUCGUGACUCUUCCGGCCGACGAUGGGCUCGUGUUCGAAUAUUCCGGUUGCAGCCAUGAUUCGUACGAGAAAGAGGGUGCUAGGGACUGCUUCAAAUGUCGCAUCCUCGCCUACAAGGAAGCUAUUGAAGAAAACUUCAAUCCCCUCACGCAAGAAAAAUCGCUGGACAAAGGCAAGCUUGUUCUGUUGGCGUCACGGGCGGGUAAGAUGCUCCAGGAAGACCAAUUGAUACCUCAUUAUUGGAGGUGUUUAAACUCGCCCGAGUGCAAGCAUAUGAACACGUUCAGGAGGCCAUUUGAUGAAGCUCGCAGAGCCAAGGUCAAAUGCUCGAGUUGCGGUUUUCGCUUCCACAACUCGUGCUACGUCUUCAACCGCUUCGGUAUCGCCAUUGGAUCCGCGGACGGCACUGUGAUGGUGAGAGGGGGGCCUUCCUAUUUCGAAUGGGUUUAUCGAAUCCACAAAAAUUCUAGAGAGGAUUGCGGUCAUGUUCGGCAAGAAUGGAGCUGCGACAUGUGCGACAAACGGCGUUUCGAAGACGAGCCCAAGCUGGCAAAGUUGUUCAAUAAAAGAGAUAAGAAGAAGAGUUAUGUGCUACUAGCCGGCAGGGAUUACGCCGAGCAGGGUUUUGAUGAACUGAUCGAGGAUCUAGAUAAGCAGGUUGUUCUCUACAAAGAGGAGGAAUCAAAGCUUCGCGAGAAGAUUUCCGAACUAAGCGGGGGGCGGCCCUACAACAGCAAGGAGGCGGAAAGACGGGACGAUGUUACCAAACAACUGCAGGAGGAGUGUUCAGCCCUGAACAAUCUACAGGUGGUCCGACGUGUUCGAGAAGCGGAAUCGGCAGAGACUAAAAAUUCCAAAGCUAAACGGGGCGGGAAGAGCAAUUUCUCAAAACCCUCAAAGCUUUUCUCCGGAAAGAUUCCUCCGGCGGCCCCUAAGCCCCCGACCGCCAAAACUGUCCCUCCGAGACAGCCUGCAACCGAUUCACAGUUUUACGGCGAAGGAUACCUGUCCGACGAGUACGUCGACGAAUAUUCCGACGAGGAUAGCCAUUUAACGCCGCAGGAGAUCCAUAGGCGACCACAUGUCAACAUUGAAGUCAACGAUACAGGGCGGUAUUAUUAUCAAGAACCAGGCUACAGUUAUCCCAGCGGCAGCCGUCCGCCUAUGGGUGAUGCAGCUUAUUCUCGCGGAUACGACCGCGCACCACCGCCGCCCCCCGGUUUCUCGGGAAUCCCUCUUCGCCCGGCGGCCCCUUCUCGUUUCCCAGCCCCCGCUCCGCAGCCUGAGGAGCGACGGACAUACGAAGAGAGGCUGAGAGAUCGCACGGAUCCUGCACGCCUCCCCGCACAGCCCGAGCCCAGAAGACUGUCGCCAGAAGAACAAAGCAAAGCAGAGAUGGUGAAAAUGAAAGAGCGUAUAAAUCGGAAUACGGGGAGGUAGAGAUGGAAAAACACGAGACCCGCAGUUGGAUUUGGCUGCAUUAUACGACGGGAAGAUAACACAUCUUCGUUUUGAAGGAUUCCGAGGGGAAAGGUGACGGCGGUCCCGC